UUUCAGCUGGACAGUGAAGAAGCAUUUGCAGAGUAGAUUCUCUUGGGUACUUGGGUGGGUAUAUUUAUGUAACAUUCGCAUGAGUUAGCAUUCCUCGACGGAGAUUUCAAACACAACCCUUCCUUCUUAACCCUCUCUCGCUCUCGUUCGCGUUCUCAGAGGUUGAGAUGGCAGCAACAUCAGCAGCUACUUUCACAAUUGGAGCACCCACUUCCCUUUACCAAAGGGGAAGCUCCCUUCCUCAAUCAAAGUCCUUUGGAUUGAGGUUCACCUCCCAGAAUCAUUUGAAUGGCUUUUGUGGCCUCAGGGCUGUGUCAUCUGUGAGGUGUGAGGUGGAAUCGUCCUUCUCCGGCAAGGAAACUGGUUCUGCUUUGCGGGCAUCUUUUGCGACCAAAGCUCAAAAGGAAAGCCGGAAUCAGCACCAAUUGCAGCCUCAGGCGUCGUACAAAGUGGCGGUUCUUGGUGCUGCUGGAGGGAUUGGUCAGCCUCUUGCACUUCUCAUCAAGAUGUCACCGUUGGUUUCUGACCUGCAUUUAUAUGAUAUUGCAAAUGUUAAGGGAGUUGCUGCUGAUAUCAGUCAUUGCAACACUCCCUCACAGGUCAGGGAUUUCACUGGGGCUUCUGAGUUAGGGGAUUGUUUGAAAGGGGUUAAUGUGGUUGUUAUCCCUGCUGGAGUUCCAAGGAAGCCAGGCAUGACCCGUGAUGACCUUUUCAACAUUAAUGCUGGCAUAGUUAGAGACUUGGUUUCAGCUGUUGCGGAUAAUUGCCCUGGUGCUUUUAUUCACAUUAUCAGCAACCCAGUGAACUCUACCGUGCCAAUUGCUGCGGAAAUUUUGAAACAGAAGGGUGUCUAUGAUCCUAAGAAGCUCUUUGGUGUUACCACACUCGAUGUUGUGAGGGCUAACACAUUUGUUGCUCAAAGGAAGAACCUGAAGCUGAUUGAUGUCGAUGUUCCGGUUGUUGGUGGCCAUGCUGGGAUCACCAUUCUUCCUCUGCUAUCAAAGACAAGACCCUCAGCGAGUUUCACUGAUGAAGAAAUUGAGGAGUUAACUGUCAGGAUUCAGAAUGCUGGAACUGAAGUUGUCGAAGCAAAGGCCGGCGCAGGGUCUGCUACUUUGUCCAUGGCGUAUGCAGCUGCUCGAUUUGUCGAAUCAUCACUUCGGGCACUUGAUGGGGAUGGAGAUGUGUAUGAGUGCGCAUAUGUGCAAUCAGAUCUGACUGAACUCCCAUUUUUCGCUUCAAGGGUGAAGCUUGGCAAGAAAGGAGUUGAGGCUUUGAUUCCAUCUGACCUCCAAGGGUUGACUGAGUAUGAGCAGAAGGCUCUGGAAGCACUUAAGCCUGAACUCAAGUCCAGCAUAGAGAAGGGGGUUGCUUUUGCUCAGAAACAAACAGUUGCUGCUUAAUUUUCUUUUGUCAAAGCAUUUGUUCUCAAGUGUCCUUAUAAGAAGAGAAUGUCAACGGGUGUUUUCAUGGGUUAUGAACUUAUUUGAGCAUAAAUUUUACUUAGGAAACUUAGGUUCAGGAUUCAUUGUAGCAUCAUUACUGCUUCCAGAACUUAGGAUUCGAAUUUUCCAUAGUUUAUCAAUUGUACUUCCAGUUUUGUUGUUAGAACCAGAGGUGGCUUCCAUUUCUGUUCUCUAUAUUGAGCUUUAGUUUGAGUCGGAAAUCUCAAAAGAUGUCACUAUUAUCAUGUAGAAUUGAAAAUAAUGUAAACGUUGCUCUUUGAAUAAUAUGGCCAUCAAACCAGUUUGUCUA